CUUACCUUCAAAAUGUCUCGCCUUGAAGCUAAAAAGCCUCCAUUACUUAUUAGUGAGCCUUUAACUAGAGAUGCAGUGAGUCAGUCACUGUCUGUGCUGGGUGGAAUAUUAAAAUCUUCCUACGGUCCAGCUGGUCGACUCAAACAGCUCCACAAUGGUGUGGGGGGCUGUGUUUGUACCACUUCCCAGUCCUCAGCCCUCCUGGGGCACCUUUCUGUCAGCCAGCCCGUGCUGCGUGUCCUGACAGCCUCUGUAGGGAACCACGUGUCACGUUUCAGUGACUGUGGCUUAUUCACUGCCAUUCUUUGCUGUGACUUCAUUGAAAAUUUCAGGAGCCUGAAUGUUGCACCUUUUACUGUCAUUAAAAUAAGCAAGCAUCUUCUGAGUUUGUGCAUGGACCACCUGAAAUCUGAUGCUUGUAGUUGCCGGGUGUCUGUGGAUUUUAGCAGUGUUGGGACUCUUGUUUGUUUGGUACGUAGCAUUUUAAUAAGCAAGCCUGCUUGCAUGCUUAAUAAAACUGAACUUGAUCAUCUCACCUCACUGGUUUUAAAGGCUUUUAUAUUUACUGUUCCAUGUCAUAUUGAGACUAAGGCUGUUUUAGGGAAGUGUGUGAUAAUACCUGUGAAAGGUAGAAGAGUUAUGGAUUCUGCUGUUCUUCCUGGACUGCUGAUAGAAAUGCCAGAAAUCCAAUUGGGAAAACCACUUGCUGUCAAAAGGACUGGUUCAAACAUGAUCAAGAUUGCGCUUUUCAGUGUGUCCAUGGCAGGUGAUAGCUUUAACCCUGAGGAAGGAAUUAUAGCAGUCCACCACGGAGUUUCUCUGGAAGUGUCAGAGGUGAAUCAGUUGCUUAAUGUGGGGAAGCAACUGGUUAAGGAUGAGGUGGGCCUUGUAGUGUGCCAGAAAGUGAUGCAUCCCUCCUUGAAACAGUACCUGCAGGAGAACGCUGUCAUCGCCGUGGACAGGGCUGGGCUGUCUCUGAUGGAGCCCCUGGGCCGUAUGACAGGUUCACAGCCUAUAGCUUCCAUACAUUCGUUGUCUCCCAGCUGUUACGGCAGUUUAAAAGACUUGUGCGUUGAGAGUUUUGCUCCAAGGCAUUUUCUACAUCUAAUUCCUGAGGACACAGUUAUCUGCAGCCUGAUACUGUGUAACAGAAGUGAAACAGCAUGGGAUGAGUUGAAGCGUGUCUGUGAAACUGCAGAACACGUGUUACAGCUAACAGUGAAGGAACCUUUGGCAUUAUUAGGAGGGGGCUGUACAGAAACUCACCUGGCUUCAUACAUAAGACACAAGAGCUCUAAUUUGCCUGCCAGCACUUUCAAAGACCUAGAUUGUUCUCAGAUACAAUACCAGUUGGUUGCUGAGGCGUUUUGCCAUUCCCUGGAGUCUGUAGCUCGCUCUCUGAGUCACGAUGGUGAAGAAAUUCUUACGGACGUGGUUUAUGGACACUGUUGGUUUGUUCCAUCAUGUUCUCCCUGUGUCUCCAAGUGGUCAGAUUUAGUUUCAAAAUGUGGCUGUGGGAUGAAUGGUAACUCAGAGGAUCUCAGCUGGAGGUUUUUGCAAAGCCAGUCUGGCUCUCCUGUCAUACAGGGCUGCCCUAAGGAGCCCUCAGUAAAGGUUGCUGACCUCCUGACUCUGGAUUGCUUUGCUGCCAAGUGCAGUGGCCUGCAGGUGGCUCUGGAGACAGCCAACCUGAUUUUGGAUCUUUCAUACAUAAUUGAGGAUCAAAAUUAGCUCUC